AUGGGAGCCGACGACGAGCAGCAGAGGAACAAAAGCCAUAAGGCCCGUGUUGUGGGCAGUAAAGCGGUGAAAAAGGAGGAGUACCGUAAGAAAAAGGCGGGUAUCGAACUCCAACCUAACCGUGGUAGCAAUACAAAGGCCUUUCAGGGACCUACAGCCAGUAGCCGAAAGGGACAGCAGUUGCUGAGAAGUCUUGAGAAGCGGGAAACAGCAUUACAUGUUCCCGUAGUGGACAAGACCCUGCGGCACGUCGUAGCAGAACCACCGCUGCUCGUUGCUGUUGUUGGUCCACCAGGUGUGGGGAAGUCAACGCUCAUUCGCUCCAUGGUGAAGUUCUACAGCAACCGUAACGUUCAGGUGGUACGGGGGCUCAUUACUGUUGUUGCUGGGCGUAGCCGCCGUGUGACGUUUCUUGAGUGCCCCAAUACAUUGACGGCGAUGUGCGACGUAGCAAAAGUUGCUGAUCUGAUUUUAUUGAUGGUCGAUGGUAGUUUUGGGUUUGAAAUGGAAACAUUUGAAUUUUUGAACAUCGCGCAAGUGCACGGUUUUCCUCGUAUGUUCGGAAUCGUCUCGCACCUUGACCAAUUGAAGACAGGGAAAGCUCUACGAAAAAAAAAGAGAUUUUUACGACACCGCUUUUGGCAUGAGGUGGCUGCAGGGGCCAAGGUGCUUUGUCUGGCGCCGAUGGUACGUGGGAUGUACCGUUCAACUGAUGUACUGAAGCUGCACCGCCUGCUCAUAUGUGUAGAGCCGAAGAUACAAAAUUGGCGUAAUACGCACAGUUGUGUAGUGGUUGACCGCUACGAAGACAUCACAGCUCCGCAAAACGUUGUCGACAAUGAGAAGUGCAAUCGUACCAUUGCGUUCUAUGGCUACGCGCGGGGAAGGCCAAUGAAGGUGGAGCAGCUUGUUCACAUCCCAGGACUCGGCGAUUUCCCCAUCAUGCAUUUGUCCCAUCAGGACGAUCCCUGUGCAUUUGACGAAAAAAACGCCAGGGGCGAGAGUAAAUCACAGGGGCACAAGAUGCGCCACCUCGGUAUGAAGCAAAAAAGAAUAUAUGCUCCCUACUGUGAUGUCAGUGGUGUUGUGUACGAUGACGAUGCAAUUUACAUUCAAGAGGAUGCGGAGAAGUCCACAAUUGAGCGUUCGGGUGAGGGUCUACGACUAAUACGGGACCUCCAGCGCGUGAAACCGAUCGAUGCAGCCGCCACUGCACUUGAAGUGGUGCGCCGGCCAGUUGUUUUUCGUGGUGAGGAUACUAUGGAACUGGACAUGGGGGAUGUGAAGGGGUCGAAUACUUCGGUUAGUGAUGAUGGAGAGGAAAAGGCAACUGAAAGCAGUGACGACAGCGACUGGGAUAGCGGUGAGAUGGCUAGCUCCGCAGCAGCAGUGAAGAAGGACUUGUUACUCUACGGUCCCGGUGGUGGUGAUGACGGGCUUCGUGUCAACAAUCCUAGUGCUGAUGAUGCAGCGGGGCUGGCGCCCCGGGGGCGUGGAGCACCCGAUUCCGUUCGUGAGAACACUAUCCGUAACGACUGGUCUAACACCGAUUUGCUUCGCCGUUUGAAAAACCUCUUCGUGACGGGAAAUUGGGAUUCACCAAAUGACGAUGUCGGUGAUGCUGCCAGUAGCGGUGCUGAGACUGAAGGCAGUAAAGGAUAUGAGAGCGAGGAUGAGGAGUUUGAUGCCAUUAUCCGUGGUGAAGCGCCACUUGACUCCACCAAUGUGAAGGAUGAGCAUGAAGAGAACGUUGACGAUGAGGGCAAUGCCGAAACCGACGAAGAGGAGUGGGACGGUGAUGGAGAAACCACCGACUGGGGUGCCUUUCGGCCGCGGGACGCACUCGCAAACGUCGGUCAUACGUCCAAGGGGACCGUGCCUCACAUGAGGAAUUUCAGGGCUGCCGAAGCAUAUGGCAGUAUAACCGGAGGAAGGAAAGGUGCAGACAAUGACGAUAUGACUGAUGGCAGCUGCUACGACAUUCUUGCCGAAGAGGGCGAUGAUGCUGUGGUUGAUAGUGCUGCUUUGUCGGACCCCGAAUUAGAUGGACUUGUUGCGACAUUCUUAGCACCUCAUGAUGCAUCUGCCAAAAGGGCAGAAACAUCAUCUGCCGCUCUUCGUGACGACGAUGAUAGUGCCAUCCAAUUUUAUGACCCCAACCACUUUUCUAAGAAGAACGACACUGCUGACGACCACAACGACGAGAUGGAGGAAACGACCGCGAUAGUAGGUGGAAAGCCUCUGACGGAGGAGCAAGAACGGUUGCUUCAGAAAAGAAUGGCAAAGAAGAAGGCCUUCAACGAGUUAUACGACAUGGGUGGAAAGAAUAAUACGUACUCGCACUACCACGAGAUGACACGCGAAGUCGAAGCAAAGAAGGAGCGACUGGACACGGCGUUGCAGGAAGUGGGGCAUGAUAUCACGAAUAAAAUAAAACUUGUUGGCCACUUUAGCGGGCUGUAUGUACGCUUUGUGCUGGAAAAUGUCCCUGUUGAGUUUGUGCAGCUUUUUGACCCCUCAGUCCCCAUUAUUGCCGGGGGUGUAAAUGCUGGAGAGGACCAGUUUCAAGUUGUACACGCAAAGUUAAAGCGCCACCGCUGGUUUCCAAAGAUACUCAAAGCACAGGAUCCGCUUUUGCUCUCUAUGGGGUGGCGUCGCUUUCAGACACAACCUAUACUGGCCACUGAGGAUCCUAACGGCCGCAUGCGGUACCUCAAGUACACUCCAAUGCACAUGCACUGUGCCGCUGCAUUUUAUGCCCCAGUGGCACCUGCGAACACUGGCUUCGUUGCAAUCCCCGUGCGUGAGCAGCGCUCGCCGAACUUCCGCAUUUCUUGCACAGGCUACACUGUUGGGAAUGACCUCGCCUCGAACAUUGUAAAGAAGUUAAAGUUGAUCGGCACACCACAAAAGAUCAUGAAAACCACUGCAUUUAUCAAGGGUAUGUUCAACAGCGACUUGGAGGCUGCGAAAUACGUUGGGGCAAAGCUGAAAACUGUCGCCGGCAUACGUGGUAUUGUCAAGACAGUUUUGAAGGGAAAGAAUGGCCUCAUCCGUGCAACCUUUGAGGACAAAAUCUUCCCCUCCGAUAUCGUCUUCUGCCGAGCAUGGAAAAUGGUUGAGCCGCCUAAAUAUUGCUCAAUCCAGCGCAACCUCGUGGACGCGGAAUGGGUGGGGAUGCGACCCAUGCGGGAGUUGCGUUGGGCGCACGGUGUGCCGUUGGAAUCCAAGAGCGACUCCGAAUAUCGUGAAAUUAGGCGUCGUAACCGGGCGACUGUAGAUGACGAUGAUGGAAAGGGCAAGACCCCUGAUGUGCUCCUCUCGCGCAACCAAAGGCUGAAGUUACCUUUCAGUUUGAAGGAAGAAUAUAUACCCCUGAAACGCAGCACCGCACUUCAGGAGCAAAUUGCUGGUGCAACAACAGUUGCACCAGAGCCACGGGAUAUGCGCCGAACAGCGCUGCUAGACAUAUUAAACGAAAAAACAGAAGCGAUGUGGAGGAAAAAAGUUGAGGCGAAGAAGCGAGUCCGUGAACGUCACUUGCGUGAGUCAAAGGCUGAGGAGGAAGAAUACCAACGGCGACUCAAGAAGGCAAAGAAGGAAACGGCACGCCUUCGUGAGUUUCGGUCACAGCACAAGUCACGGAAGUAA